AUGGUAGUGAUGAAAACCUUCGUAUUGUUACUGCUGCUACUGCAUCACGGCUUUGUUUAUGCCGGAAAGGAUGAUGGCAUCAAUACCAAAAAACCUAUAUCGUGUGCGGACUGUAAAUCUAAUGUGAGCUUGAGUGGAAAUAAUGAAGUCACCGGUCCAUGUUUCGAUGUCUCAAAAUGGGUGACCUGCGAUGCUGGCUCCUUUUGCUUUUUCCAGUUGAAAAUUAAUUCUAAAAAUGGCAAAGCACAAGUAUGGCGUAAUUGCCAAAAUUCGGUAGGGAGGAAAAUCGUAUCAGGGCGCGAUCCCAACAACAUCGAAUUAUCGCUAUAUAUCGGAAAAUCGCAAGGUAAUUGCGGUACGGUCAGCAACAUAUUCGGUAGUGACGUCACUAAGGGUUUUACCAAAGACUGUAAAAAAAUUUACGAUAAUUUUGUUGCUAGGUGGACAAAAUCAAAGUGCCAGAGUAAAAGUUUCGACGAUAGGAACAAAAACACCUAUAGCGAUAAUAAAAAAAAUAAUAAUAAUAAUAAUGGUAAUAAUAAUGGUAAUAAUAACGAUAACGCCGACGAUGAUGGCGUUAAAACUAUUAAUAAUAAGGAUAAAAUUGGAAAUAAUAAUAAUAAUAAGAGUGAUAAAAAAGCCGACGAUGGCCCCACAAAGAAGACUGAGGGUGAGAAAAAAAUUUUAUAUAAGUUUAAAUCUUACGUAGAGAGUAAAGGUUUGAGACAAGAGUUGAUUUUUGUCAUUGUAAUCAUGCUAUUACACUACAUUAACGCCCAUCUCUAUUUCCAUGGCAACGUUUUGAGGCACUUCGUAAUUUUGCGCUUGAAUUCACUUUUUGCCGCACCUCUCCCUGGCAGAAAGUCAGCCACUAGUAACCAAAUCAGCCAGAACAACAAAAAUAAAACGUACAGAGAAUCCAAAUAUGUGGAAAAUCCUGCCAAGAGUGCUGACAUUGACACUAAUUUUAGGGAAUUGAAGAUUGUGUCUAAUGAAAAAAGAGAUAAGAAUAAAUCAAAAUGGGGAAGUCCACUUUCUAAAAAUAAACUCGCAAGUGACGAAAAUGAUCUCGCGAAACGUUAUGGUAAUGAUCUCCCAAAAGUUUAUGACAGUGAUGACGACUAUGGCACCAUUGAUAUCUUAGCAAAGUGGAGAAGGAGCAGACGCAUUGAGAAAUAUAAAUUGGAGAAUUUGCUCUCGACGUCGAAAAAUAUCGCGCCGCAUAAAUUCGUGACGUCACAGCAGCAACAAACAUCAACAGAAGGUGACAUCAAUGUCAGUAGCAUCAGCAGUAACAACAAACCAACGUCACUAUUGUCACCGUUCUCAGUGUCGAGAUUCCAUGAAAAUUAUCAGACAUAUUUGUUGGAACAAAAAAAUUUAGAGCGACAACAGCAUCAGCUGCAACAACAACAGCUUCAACAACAACACCAGCAGCUGCUGCAGCAACAACAACAGCAACAACUAUAUCCUUAUCAGCCUUUGAUUGUAGUUCCGCCCAUCUUAAUGUCACCAGAAGACUUUCAACAACGACAACGUAAGCAAGAUGAACAACAGCAACAACAACAACAGCAACAUCAACAACAUUACUGUCGUUGUAAUAAAACUGACUUGAAAAGUGCUGAAAAUAUUGUAGACAAAACAAUUAAGUUUUGUUGUUGUCCUCAUAAGAGAUGUGACCAAAACAUCAACAAAAACAAUAACAACAACAAUAGUAUUUAUAAUAAUAAUAACAACAACAACAACAGCAAUAACAACAACAAUAACAACAAUAAUAAUGAGAUCACCACGAAAAUAUCAAGAGACGACACAUUCUUAGAUCUAUAUCCAGUCAAAGAAAUUAUGGUAGACAAAAAUACCGUCUAUUUUAUACCAACGAUACAACAAGAACAUCAACAAUUACAUCAACAGCAACAACAACAACAAUUACAUCAUCAACAGCAACAACAACAAACUCAUCAACAACAACAACAAAGUCAUCAACAACAGCAAGAUUCAUUGAGAUACAAAUCAGAACAAGGCGGAACAACAACGUUUGCGUUUGGAAACUGGAUCAAGGAACAACAAAAACAUCAACAACAACAAAAACAUCAACAACAACAACAACAACAUCAACGAAAACUUCAACAACAACGACAACCUAAACAACAAUCACUUCAACUUCCAAACGAAAGAAGUGAAAUGCUACAAGAAUCCAAACUUCAACGGCACGACGAUUCAUUCACGAGCGUAUCCAGCAUGGAUUGUUCUGACAACAAUAUGAAGAAAAUGAAACCAAUGAAGACAUUAACAAAUGAUAAGAGCAACAAAUCAAACAAAAUCACAUUAAAAACAUCAACAACAACAACCGUAACAUCGACAAAACCUACAUUAAAACCAUCAACAACAACUACAUCGGCAACACAAACAACAACAGCAACACAGACAACAACAACAGCAACACAAACAACAACAGCUCUUGCAAAGACAACUAACACAACAAAUUACAACAUCAACAACAAUAUUAACCAAAACAAUGAUAAUAACGAUAAUACCAACAACUCUGGCAACAAAACUGAUGAGGUUGACGUCAUCAUUCCUAGAGAUAGUUUGCUGGAGAUAUCAGACGAAGAUGAACACAAAGAUGACGAGAUAUUAAUAGCUCUGAGGAGGCGUAGAAAAUUAUGUAUCGACCAAUUAAAACGUCUUACUAAAUAA